AUGAAGCAACGCUCCAAAGAUGUGCGCACCAGCGCGAAGAAGGGCACAGACAAACGAUCGACGUACCGCCUCGCUCAUCUACUCUCCUCUUGCUUGCUCACACUUUGCUACAGUCUCACCUGCGCAGGCCGCCCUUCAGACUUGAACAGCGACAAUGGCUACGCUCUAAAGCUUUUCUCCGUUCCAACUCUUGCAUCGCAGGUAAGAUCAGGUACAGCGUGGUGCUUGGUAGACGCAUUGGACCUGUCUCUAAGCGAAACGCUCUAUCCUCCAUUUCAGGAACUCGCUUUGCCGCGCUCACGGGCUGACGCGCUGCUAAAGCGCCGCACCCCGUCACUGCCCAACAUCGCUAGCAAAGGCGGCAACACGCCAGAAGAGACCAGCUUGAAUGGCAGAGCGCGACGAGCUCGACUGCAUCGCAGAGCCCCGCUGCUACCAUUGGAGCAAGCGUCUAAAAGUGGCAAAGAGGUAAUCGAUAAGGCCGUGGUGGAGGCUUCCGAGCAUCCACCAAUCACCAAUGAUGAUAUUGGCAAGCAGCUCGAGAGGAAGCACAAGGGACCGUUUGGCCGUCUGCCUGACGGCGUCGGUUCAGCCCGAACGCUAGCGCGACAGAAGGAGCGCGCCAAGCUUGGACGACAAGGAGUCAUCGCAUCCACUCCUUCGGGUGCUCCUCACUACCCCUGGCAAGGCUCAUCGCUAGCGAGCAGCUCUUCUGCUCCGCAAGCCUUUCCCAAUACUCCAGCUAACAAUCUACCGGCUGUUUUUAGGCCUGUAAAGUACAGGUGGGGCGAAGGCUCCAGUUCCACCCUUUACCGGCAAAAGAAGGAGCUCAUCAAGCAAGGGCGGGAGGAUGAGGUGGAGAAAUUGAUAGGUGAUCCGAGGUUGAGCAAGCAGGCAGCAACUCACAAUCAAGGCAUGUCAGGAGGCCAAAUAUCCAAGGCACGCCAGAAGAUGAGGGUGCAAAAGAAGACGGAGAUCGAAAUUUGGACCAGAUAUCCGGGCGAUCCGAGAUCUGCUGGAACGCGCGUGAGGCAAAAGUUGUUGGAGGAAUUGUCUAGGGCAGGUCCAGAGCAUCAGCACCUUUGGCCCGUCGGCACUCCCGAAACUCAAGCUGCUCGACGUACGCAUGGCCGCAACAAGCUGCGCGCAGAGGGUCUUUCCGACGCGCAAGUGUUCGAGCGCAUUCCCAAGAAGGAAGGUCAAGGUCGAAAGUCUGCCGGUCAGAAGAGUCGUGGGGCUGGUAAGCGGAGGGAUCCUACUGUUGCUGGACCUGAGCUAGGAGUUGGUCGGGGAAAUUGGACUCGGCCGACACCGUUGAGUCGAGAUGCGGCACCACCUGCGCCGCCAGCAAGAAUGAUCACGACUCGGAGGCCGGAGAGCAUUGCGAUUCCUGAAGCGGGACCUGCCACUCCGUCUAGCGUUCCAAGACGAAAGAGACCCCUACCCUUCGACUUGAACUUACCUCCUUCGCCAGCAUCGCCGCAUUAG